AUGGCUCCAUACCUUGCAAGCCGGUCAGUGAGUAGCUUCUCCCCCCCAGCUUUGAUUACGCCAAAGAGCUUUGACCUAGUCCACACCAACCAUUCUCCCCUCCGACAACCCUCUCUCAGUCGCCCUCAGCGCAUCCCACCAACAUCUCUAAACGCUCCAACCAACUCACCUCUCACCCAACAGCAAGCCGUCAACUCCACCACUCCCACAUCAACAACUACCUACAACCACGACAACAACAGAAAAAUGACGACAUCACGCACCCGCCGCGCCGCGCGCGCCCACCUACAACCACCACCCCGAACCCUCCCGUACCUCCCCGCCCUCCUCACACUACCAGCCGAGCUGCGCCACCAAAUCCUCACAUACCUCAGCCCGUCGCUCACGCUCCCACGAUGCGCCUUCCGCACCGGCGCCCACGAGACGGCCUACACGCUCACGCAGACCCACCCCAUCCUAGCCGCGGACGCCGAAUACCUGCUCAAGCACCGGUGGCGGCGGCGCGGAUACCUGCUGCGCCAGCCGGGGCGGCCCACGCUCAUGACGCAGGCGGUGCGCGAGCAGGUGGGGCCGAUGCGGGCGCAGGCGAAGGUGCGGCGGAGGGCGGUUGAGGAGAAGAAUCGCGAGCGGAAGGCAAGGUGGAAGGCGCUCCGUUUGAUGGAGAGGUGGGUCGUGUGGGAUCGCUUUCUCUGCUGCUUCUUCUUCUUCUUCUUCUUCUUGUUUUUGCGUGGAAGUGCUGGUGCUGAUUGA